UAGUUGGGUAAUCAAGUUCAGAAUCCGAGUGCAGAAUCUCCAGAUGCCGGGGUGUCGUGUAUGGCUGCGACGCGCCCUGGUAUGGCUCGCACCAUUCGCGAUUUGGCUUUACGGUGGGCAGAUUAUUGCUGUACGUCCCGCCGUCAUUGCACUGAUCAAGGAGCAGGUGCAGCAACAUCGCAGAUAGCAUGAGCUCCUCCUUCGCCAGCCUCGUCAAGCAGCGCACGCAACGUGUCAGCACAUUUAUCGGCAGUGACACGAGCACGUUCCUCUCAAACGUUUCUUCCCAGCGAGCCACGAUGCUAACGUCGCCGUCGCUCUCGUCCGGUGCCGAGACGCUGGAAGAUUGGAUGUACUGGCAGCGCGAUGCCAACAACGCUCACUGCUGGACCAAGGUGUACGGCGUACUCGACAACGAGUUCUUGUGGCUAUUCAAGGGCAACCACUCGAGUCGGACCAUGUUCCUACAGAUAGCGGUCUCGAGCGUCGAGGUCUCGGGCCAGCGCCAGUUGCGGAUUGUGGACCCGAACGGUGAGGAUAUGGAAAUCUGGCUGAUGGACGAUGACAGCUUCGUCGCAUGGCGGCAGCGGCUGGAGGAGGCCGCUGCACUUACCACUCAGUUCUUCCGCAUGACAGAAAUCGAGGCGCAUCGGCUUCCGCGCAACAGUGCCUAUCGCGGCAGUCUCGUCAACUACCGUCGCAAUAGCAAGCGUACGCGCUACAAGGCCGCUAUCGAGUGGAUGGCGACGCGCUGGAGGCAGAAAUUUGUGCAGCCCGCGCGGUCACCACGGCGGUAAUCCGAAGCGAAGUUCGUUUGGACCAGCCCUGCAUCAGCGUUUCGCAUACAUCCACUCCGACCUGUGGUGGGCGGUGGAAAUGCACAAAAAGCGACCAAACUGACAAGAAUGACUUACGGGUCAAGUCCGAACAACGACGACAGCUGCAACGUUGUUGAGGUCUUCCAUAAUUAUGCUGUCUUCAGCCACCUAAUAACCUAUUUAAAGCGUUUCUUGCGUUCCCACUCGAGUCUCAAUCAUACGUG